AUGAGGAGCUCUCCCAGAGUACCGAGCCGGCGUCGGCGGAAGCUCAGGCCGGCCGGCGCCAAGGUCUCCGAGGGCACGGCCUUCUCCUCGCAAGACGACGACGACGAAGAGAACAGCGCGUUCGAGUCGGUGCCUGACUCGGUGCAGAGCCCCGAGCUGGACCUGGAGUCCGUCAAUGGCGCUGGGCCAUGGCAGGAGGAGCCCGCCGGCCUCUGUGGGAGCCUGGCGGGAGCCGCCGACGGCCCGGAGUCCCCAGCAGCGGGUCCAAGCAAUCGGAGAGAAGGUGAAUGUUCUAUGCUCCAUAACUCCCAGCCAGUAAGCCAGCUUCCUUCCCUGAGGCCUGAACACCAUCACUACCCUACAAUCGAUGAGCCUCUUCCACCAAACUGGGAAGCUCGAAUUGACAGCCAUGGGCGGGUCUUUUAUGUGGACCACGUGAACCGCACAACCACCUGGCAGCGUCCGACAGCAGCAGCCACCCCAGACGGGAUGCGGAGAUCGGGGUCCAUCCAGCAGAUGGAGCAGCUCAACAGGCGGUAUCAAAAUAUUCAGCGAACCAUUGCAACAGAGAGGCCUGAAGAAGACUCUGGCAGCCAAAGCAGUGAGCAAGUCCCAGCAGGAGGAGGCGGAGGUGGAGGGAGUGACUCAGAGGCCGAAUCUUCCCAGUCGGGCUUAGAUCUGAGGAGAGAAGAGUCACUUUCUCCAGUGAACUCACAAAAAAUCACCCUGCUGCUGCAGUCCCCGGCGGUCAAGUUCAUCACCAACCCCGAGUUCUUCACUGUGCUGCAUGCCAAUUAU